GCCUGAGGGAGCAGGCUUGAUUUUUGUGAAUGAAAUGCUCUCUGGAUGUGUCUGGGUCUCCCGUUUCUGGCUUCUUCUGCCUCCAUCUCCCUUUCGGCCUCUCUCUGCCAUUUCUGGUUCUCUCCCUGCUCCUUGCCCAUCUCCCGUUGCUCGGUGACUCAGUGAGCUUUGCAUCCGGUCUCAUUCAUAAAUCCGGGAAGGGGUGGGGGGAAGAGAGCCUGGGUUUCUCACCCAGCCAGUGGCCUGGGCAGCCAGGUGCGGAGGCAGUGUAGGGAGGACUGGAGCUGAGCUGAUGGGCUCUAAGAAAAUACAUAUGCGCAGGCACCCAGCUGUGAGGGGGAACCAUGGGUGGGGCUGUGGGUAUGUGCUGAGGGAGAAGAAGGCGACAGGGUUGAUAGGGGAUGAACAGGAGGGGGAAGGGAAGUGGAAAACCGAGGCUAUGGGAGCGGGGACGGGAAGGAUGGGGAAAGGAAGGAAAGGUGGGUAUGAAGAGAAAAGGUAGAUAUGGAGAAGAAGGUAGGCAUGGGAGAAAAGAGAUGGCGUAAGGAAGAAAGAAGCCAUGCUAGAAGAAUGUACAUGGUUCGGGUCCGAGCCGUGGUGAUGGCCCGAGAUGACUCCAGUGGGGGCUGGCUGCCUGUGGGGGGCGGGGGCCUCAGCCAGGUGAGCGUAUGUCGGGUCCGAGGGGCCAGGCCCGAGGGGGGGACCUGCCAGGGGCACUACGUCAUCCACGGGGAGCGCCUCCGGGACCAGAAAACCACCUUGGAGUGUACCCUGAGGCCAGGCUUGGUUUACAACAAGGUGAACCCCAUCUUCCAUCACUGGAGCCUUGGCGACUGCAAGUUCGGGCUGACGUUCCAGAGUCCCGCAGAGGCUGAUGAGUUCCAGAAGAGUCUGCUGGCCGCGCUGGCCGCGCUGGGUCGAGGCUCGCUCACCCCCUCCUCUUCCUCCUCCUCCUCCUCGCCUUCCCAGGACACCGCAGAGACUCCCUGCCCUCUGACGUCCCACGUGGACAGCGACUCCUCCUCCAGCCACAGCCGCCAGGAGACGCCUCCCACCACCGCGGCGGCCUCCAUCGCCACCGUGGAGUCAGCUUCUGGCUUUGGGCCGGCCACGCCCCCCCAGCGCCGCCGCUCCUCCGCUCAGAGCUACCCACCGCUCCUACCGUUCACGGGGAUUCCGGAGCCCUCAGAGCCCCUGGGCGGAGCAGGGGGCCCGGGCUGGGGCGGCCGCGGCUAUGAGGAUUACCGGAGCGCCGGGCCGCCCGCGCCCCUCGCCCUGUCCACCUGCGUCGUGCGCUUCGCCAAGACCGGCGCUUUGCGGGGCGCAGCCCUGGGGCCCCCCGCGGCACUACCCGCCCCUCUCACCGAGGCUGCGCCCCCAGCGCCCCCGGCUCGCCCACCCCCGGGCCCCGGCCUGGCCCCUGCGCCGGCCAAGGCCUCCCCGGAGGCGGAGGAGGCGGCGCGCUGCGUGCACUGCCGUGCGCUCUUCCGCCGCCGCGCUGAUGGGCGAGGCGGCCGCUGCGCGGAGGCCCCGGACCCGGGUCGCGUGCUGGUGCGCCGGCUCAGCUGCCUGUGGUGCGCCGAGAGCUUGCUCUACCACUGCCUGUCGGACGCCGAGGGCGACUUCUCGGACCCGUGCGCCUGCGAGCCAGGCCACCCGCGCCCCGCCGCGCGCUGGGCCGCGCUGGCCGCGCUCUCCCUCGCCGUGCCCUGCCUCUGCUGCUACGCGCCCCUGCGCGCAUGCCACUGGGUCGCGGCGCGAUGCGGCUGCGCAGGCUGCGGGGGUCGCCACGAGGAGGCGGCGCGGUGAGGACGGCCUGGUGGGUCCCAUAGCCGGAUCGAGGACCCAAAAUAGAGGGUCCAGGACCCCGGACUCCAUUUGGACCCAAAACCCAAACCUAGGCACACUCGGAACUUGGAGCUUGAGUUUGGAUUGAGAGACCCCAGACCUGGAACCUGGACGCCAAAUCUAGGACUGAGAUACCGGAGACCCAGCUUCAUUGGGAUGUCUGUGCAAGAGGUUCCAGGCAUCCUGAGUUCUGGCGUCCCCAUACCCCCCUUGCCCCGCCUCGACACCGCCCCGACCGAGACUGAGGAGACUCCAGGCAACCUCAGACUCUACACCUCAGGCAGGCCGGGAAGCACACGGGUCCCUGAGAGAGAGAGGGCCCUGAACCCAGUCAU